CAUCGAUUUCCGCCCGUCACCCUAUUGGUCCAGCAUCCAGCAUCCGCCUCCGCCUCGCUCCGCCACCCCGUUAGAUAAAUCUCACGCGAACGUGAAACAAUCAGAUCAUCCAGGCAACCACAGAGGGUAGGGGGUUAGAGGGACUGGUUUAUAAUGACAGCGGGUGUCGCGGAGAGUGCUGCCGAAGUUUUUAGCCGCCGCGCGUUUAAUAGCGGCCGGGCUUGCUUGUUACGUUAUUAUUAUUAUUGUUGUUGCUAUAUUGUUAACCGGUGCUUAAUUUAGUACGAGAUUUUUGAGAUUCGGAAUGAUAUAAAUGUCGAAUUUAAUGUGCGAAUAUUAAAAUAAUGUUAUUACGGAACAUUUCAUAUGAAAUAAUAUUAAAUUGACAAUGGUUGGAUUUUAUGGGAAAUUUUCUAUUAUAAUUUCUAGUCUUUUCGCCCAACAAUUCAACCCAAUUUCACAAAUUGAAACUUAUUCAAUAAAAUUGCAGAAGAAAGCAUAUUCUGCUAUUACACACCUCUCAUUCGGUGAUAAAAAAAAAAAAAAAAUCAUUAAAAGAGAUAAGUUAAAUCUUAAGCGUGUCAAAUAUGUCAAAAAACUACGAGAUGUGAGUCUGGAUUUCAAAGAUCUACAGAUUCUCAUGAAGUUGAGUGUUUGGAAUUGAAUACUCUUGGGUUUCUUGCUGAUUAAAAAAAAAAAAAAGAAAAUAAAACAAGAUCCGUAUCAACAAUAGACUGUAUGGAAAGAAGGAGUAUCUCGGUUUCAAUCAAAGAUAUAGAAGUCGGAGGGGAAGCAUUUGAAUGCUUAUAAUAAGUAACGAUCAGGACGUAUCAGGAUGCAUCGUUUCAUCGCGAAAAAAUCGAGAACAGAAUGAAUCCUCGUAAUAAUAAUCUCGCUGUUCACGCUAAACCGCGCGUGAUUCUUCGGUUUCCGUGUUCGGUGGAAGCCCCCUUUUCAUUUUCUCGAGAGAUGACGCGUGAUUGGUAUCGCAGUUAUUGAAAUAAUAAUCCCUAGCCUUUUCCCCUUCGCUGUUUUUCGCGAAUAAACUCGAUGAGUGUUCGAACAGUAAAAUCUGAAUGAAUUCGAGUAAUCGAUUUUGAAUAAUCUUGCAAUUUAGAAUUCCAAGUCGGUAUUUUCUGACGGAAUAAAUUCCGAAUUACAGUUUCUAGAGCAAGCCAAGUUCAAUCGCAUAUUUCUGUAAUAAUCGUCAAUCCGUGGCGUUCGAAGCAAACUGACAUCCGAAAAGAUUUAAAUCGGGGACACUCCGCGAGUUCCUCUCGUGUUUAUCCGUUCAAGAAGAAGUGAAACUUUUGGCCGUGCGAAUGUGGUCGCACGUGCGGCUUCGCAUGGGGGCGGCGCAGCGCUGUAUGAGAAAGAGAGGGUGGCCGAGGGUGGAGAGAUGUGCGUGGGAGGGGAGUAUCUCCCUACUUUGGUCUUUUUACCCUAGCCAGCACGAGGUGCGAGAAUGGAGGACAGCCAGGUGAUUCAGACGCGCAUGCCACCCCGCAGAGACCGACGUUCCCGAGCUCGCGAAUCCGUCACACUUCACAAUCCGCCUUCAAAGUACCACAUAGUGCGUACCCCAUCUUGGGAAGUUCCAACGGGAAUUACUUAUUUAUCAGUGUUCCAGUGUGAAGUUGUUAACGAAAGUUUGAUUUAUAAAAUUGCAACACAUAAAAGUGAACAAUAAAAUUUCGUGACACAUGACAAGACAUGAUUGAUAAAUUCAAAAGUUCAUCGGGAAAAAAGUUUUAUUGUCGAAGAGGCAAGAAUUAACUACUUAAAAAAAAAAAAAAACAACCAAAUUUUGAAUUUUUUCGAAUAUUAAGAUUUUCAAAUUAUCCGGCCCGCAUUACUCGACUAAUUUAAAUGUUAGACCAACUCGAUGACACUUGCUACAUCGAAUAAUUCGAAUAUUAGAGUCGAAUUGUUUUGAGUACCGAAUAUCUGGAAUUUCUUUGAGUUUCUUUGUUUUUUUUUUUUGCCAUUUUCGAUGGCAUUGGAUGUGAAAAAUCCCGAAUCGUUUCGUUCGAUAGGAUUAUUGUGCGACAAUCGUUGAAAUCCUUGUUUCUUUUUCGUCUUAAAAAGAAAAAUAAUCUUACGUACACAGAGAGUCUUUCCAGACCUAUGGACUGUCAAAUCUAGAUUUUGUUGUUCCGUCAAAUGUCUGCAAAGAAGACGAGACGACCAUCUUCGCCGAGACGUUUCUUUGCGCGACUUUACGGCCAUUUAGAGGCGACCAAGAAAACGCAGGAUGACGAGGACGAGGAUUGCGCUAGAGAGAGUCUGGAUUCGUCGCCGGAAAUCACAGAAACCCCGCGCGAACUUCCCGAUUCGCCCGAAUCGCACAAAACUCUGCAUGCGUCACAUUCCAAAGAUCUUAUUGAGAAGGCAUCGGACGACGCCGCGAAACGUAAAACGUUCGACGACAAGGAAGUGGAAAAGAAUUCGGUGCUCGCGGGUGUAAGAUUGCCUUUCUUGCACGGAUUUUUUCCGAGAGCGCCCAGUCACCCUUUGCACCUGACACAGCUCACACAUCCGUCUACGUUGCCGGCGCAUCUUCAUGGUUUGUCGAGCCAUCACCCUAUGACCGAGCAUCACUUCCAAGGAUUCUCCGCCUUCCUAGCGCGCAGAAGAAGAAAAGAGGGCCGGCCACGACGACAGAGAACAACGUUCAGCGGUGAGCAGACUCUGAGGUUGGAGGUCGAGUAUCGGCGAGGCGAAUACAUCUCGAGGGGACGUAGGUUCGAGCUCGCAGCCUCGUUGAGGCUCACCGAGACGCAAAUUAAGAUCUGGUUUCAAAACAGGCGUGCCAAGGACAAAAGAAUCGAGAAGGCGCAACUGGACCAGCAGUACCGAAACUUUGCCGUGUCGAACGGUUUGGUGAAUCUGCCGCUUUACAACGCGGCAGGAUUCUGCGGCCUCUGUUUGUACAAGGAUAACUACGGGUCGAUGACUAACCACACUUGCGUAUCCGGCAAUUCCAUCAUUGCCGACCCGUCCUCGAAGGAACAGCCGCGUUACAGCAGCAGCGGAAGCGAGACGUCCGACAAUCCAUCGAAUCUCGUGUCUACGAUUUAAAUUAUAUGAAUCCUAACGCGAUGUCUCUAUGUUUAUUUAGUGCGUUAACGACACGCAACACCGUUUUUGUUAUGAUCUUUUACAUUAAAAUGUUUGACAUCCGUAAGGAUAAAAAGCGAUAGAUCUCUUCGAAAAAAAAAAAAAAAAACUUCCAUCUCUUGAGAAUUAACGAGUUUUCUCGAAACAAAUGUGAAUUUAAAAUAAAUUAUCUAUGAUAAAAGUAGUUUAAUUUGUACAAACACUUACCUACUUUUGUGAUUUCUUGCUUCUUACUAGCAAGCUUGAUAUAAAAUCCAAUUGAUUGAAUCGAAUAUGAUAUGAAAUGUCAAAACGAGAUGCCAUCGGAAAACUCAAUCCAAUUACGAUAAAUCACAAUAGUAAUGUAGUUAACACAGUACAUGUAGUUGCGUUAUUAUUUAUAUGAUAAUUAUA